AGCCCCUUUCCGCGACCCGCGGGUUGGGAGUGAGCCCAGCGAGGCGCGAAAUGCUUGGUCAACAGGAUGGACAUGAAGAUCUAAAGCGUGACGAAUACGGAGAACUCUUCGAAGACUAUGGAUUUCUGCAGCGGGCAGAGGAGAGCAAAGCGCUCGGAAAUGAUGCCUUUAGCAAAGAGAGGUACGAGAAGGCCAUCGUAGCAUACGAUGAUGCGCUGGAACAAUUGCUCACGAUCGCGUAUGACAAGUCCAUUUUAAUUGGCAAGAAGAAGUGGAAUGAUGUGGUUGUCCUCCGAAGCACGUUGCACCUCAACAAGAGCACCUGCCACUACAAGCUUAAGGAGUGGCAGAAAUCUCUAGAGGCGGCAUUGGAGUGUUUGGUGGGCAACCACCGGGAUGAAAUGAUGUUUUCAGAUCCGCACAUCCGCCAAAAAAUCAAAGAGUCAGAGAGAAAAAACGGCCACGUGGGUGCCACGUUGCUGGAAUUCCGUUUGCCCCGCAUCACCCGGGCGAAAGCAUGGUUUCGCGUCUCUCAGUGCUAUGGGCAUUUGGACUUUCUGGACAAAGCCAAAGAUGCACUGGCCAAGGCGUUGGAAGCAUGUGAUGAUCAGGGGCUCAUCGCCGAAAUCUCCCAGCAUUCUCUGCGUCUGGACACCUUGGAACGACUUCAGAAGGAUAAGCAAAAGAAACAGUUCGCUGGCUUUUGGGACAAGUUCCAGGAUAGAGGAGGCUACUCAGAAGAAAAGACUCAAUCACAGGAUUGGGACAAGCUGAAGUACUGGGAACGAUUCAAACACGUUGAGGACUAUGAGGAGCAGUACAUGUACGUUGACGCUGAGCGCGAAAAGCAAAGACAGCAGGAUGGCCAAAGGAAAAAAGGCCAUGCACAAGAGCUUUUGCAUCACCUGCCUCCGGGUGCAAAGUGGGAUACAGCUGUCAAGGGGUUGACGAAGAAGAUGUAUCGCAACAUCGACAAAAGCUUCGAGGACUACUUGGAGAAGAAACACCUUGGCACCUCCGAGGCUGAAGAGGAAGUGAAGAGCUCUCCGCGGAUUGAAGUUCCGCCAGAGCCCAAAGACAGAAUACCUCCCAGACCACGUCGCAAGGAAGAAAUUCCGCUGGCUUACUCACCCCGUGGAGCGCGACCGGGGGCCAGAUCGAAGGCAGCACGGUCCCCUUCUCCAGUUCCUGAUGCGCGAAAAGAGUAUGAGCGCCACUACAAGACCUAUGCAACACAAGAGAAGGCCUGGGCAGAGCGAGCUUCUGCUGAGGUUCUUGACUCCGAGGAAGAGCAAGAGUUGCAGGAGGCCCGUGAACGAAUGGCUCAGCAGCGCUGGGAAAGAUUGAAUAAGGACAAAAAGGCGUGGUUGGAGGCUCUGGAUGAUGAUGACUAGAGAUGCUUAGACUCUUCCGCCUCCCGAAAAAGUGCGG